AUGGAGACGCCUCUACCUUUUGGCUGGAAGCCCCUCCACCUCGACCGUUAUGACGACACUACUGACCCAGACGAGCACAUUGACCUAUACGUCACACAGGUAAACCUAUACACUAAUGACGAUGCUAUUCUGCUUAGGGUUUUUUGGACCUCGCUCACGGGUGCAGCACUCGCCUGGUAUACCCAACUGCCGGCAGGAUCAAUCGACAACUUUGACACCCUGGUCCGACGAUUUACGGCACAGUAUGCAACGAGCCGACCUCAUCACGUUACAUCAGCCGCUCUGGCCAGUCUCAGACAGAGUAAUGACGAACCACUGAGGACGUUUAUGGAGCGCUUUGCCAGCAUCUCAGUUAAGAUUCAAAAUUUGAAUCUCGAGGUUCGUGGAAAAACACAGGCAAAGCCAUAUCAUGGUCACAAAGACAAGAUGAAAGUCACCAAUGACAUCCAGUUCAAGAAGGCAGCUAGGGCAAAUAAAGGGGGAAGGUACGACUUUUACACCCCCCUGAGUGCGCCCCGAGUACACAUCCUGGAGGAAGCCAGCAACAACAACUUGCUCACUCUGCCACCACCCGGGCAUAGUCCCAAUAACGCAGAUAGGUCAAAGCACUGCAGGUACCACAGAAACCACGGUCACACCACCGAGGAAUGUCGCACACUCAGAGAUCGUAUAGAGGAACUCGUCCAGGCGGGUCACCUCGGGCAAUACGUCCAACGAUAG